AUGAGUUUAUCAUGCAAUGACGAUUACAACCAAGGGUUGGGUAAGCACCGAGAAAGAGAGGAUGGUGGUGGUGAUGACCGUCCGUCCAAAAUCCGCAGAACCUCAUCUGUUAUUACAGACCUCCCCGGUGACUGUCUGAACCUUAUAUUCAAGUGCCUAGGAACUAGAGAUGAUUAUAGAAAAACUGUACAGGAUCGUAACUCGUUUGGAUUGACUUGUCGUCAGUGGCUUCAUAUCCAGAACAACAAUCAUAAAUCCUUAUGGUAUCGAAGUAGUCACGAGUAUGCAAGAAGUGUUAGAUUUGAUGAAAGUUUUCCCAUUAUUCUUUCUAAACUGAUGACUCGAUUCCAACACCUUAAAUAUUUGUCUCUAAAGAAGUGCCCGGAGAUGACAGAUUUUGUUACAUUGAAGUCUCAAUUCCUUGAAUCCCAAGUUCAGUAUCUGUGCUUAGACUACUGCUCUCAUUAUUUAGAUACCGAGUUGUCUUUAAUGUUUUCUUGGUUCCCUCAUUUGACGGAUGUAAGCUUGAAAUCUUCUCAUGCUACUGAUACAAGUUUAGAAGCUCUGGCAAAAUGUUGUUUAUCCUUAGAGUCGGUUAACCUCUCAUUUUGUGGCUCAAUUACUGAUUCAGGAAUAAGUUUUCUCUUGCAAAACUGUCGCAAACUGCGUUCGCUUUGCGUUGAAUCUUGCAGCAGCAUAACAGGUAUUGGCUUUGUUGAGUGUCCAAAGACAUUAAUCCAUCUUGUAGCAGGCGGGUGCAAACUUACACCAGAGGGGAUUACUGCAAUUGUUAGUGGUGGUGGGCUUGAAGAACUAUUUCUCUCAACGCCUUAUGUAUUGGCUGAGGUUGGAGAAGGACCUAUAAAUACCGAAGCAAUUAUGACGAUUUCAAAAGGUUGCCCUUUACUAAAAAUCCUGAAUCUAUCAGAUUGUGAGGAGAUAGAGCUUCAAGGAUGGGAAGCUAUUAGUAGAAAUUGCAAAGAUUUGGUGCUUCUUAACGUGUAUGGGUGCACAAAGUUAUGUGAUUCAGGGUUGCAAGCUUUGUGUAAUGGCUGA